UCAUGUAUAACGGCCCUCAUAUUUGCGUCGGAAGCCGCCAGCCUUAGAGCGCGAGCGUUUGGACGCUCCCUGUAAACUCUAUAGUCGACAGACAUGCUUGCCUUUAACGCGACGAGUAACUGCUCUCCCUUCAGAGUGAGAAGGUGUGCCUAAAAAGAAACACGGAUACUGAACAAAACAAAAGAGAAGACGUCCUCAAAGUUUCCAAGCUCGCCGAGGGAGACAUGUAUCGCUGGUUGUGGUCAACUGCUGGAGGCGUCUGCCUCGCUCUCUUCUUGGAUGCGGCAAGGGCCGAGAGCACCGACUGGGAAGACAACAUGAGACGGCAGUUCCAGCCAAGUUACGACGACAGGUGGAAGCGCCAUCGGUCACGUGAUCUGCUGUCCACCGGCGCCAUUGUGGGCAUCGUCGUCGCGUUUGUCGCGGCGGUCGUCUCGAUCUUCCUGUGUUGUUGCUACCGUCGAAGAAGGCGGCGCACUCUGGCCACGCAGCACCAGGUCGUGCCUCCGGCCAUGACUCCGGCGAUGUCGGGCGUGGCGCCCUACACGUACGCCGGGUCGUACCCUCCCGUUCCGGUCGCGAUGACCUCUGCCGUCGCUCCGUACCCGCAGCAGCCGAACUACUACGAGCAGCAGGCCGCGGAGCACGCGCAGAGGGGACUCCUGCACGCUGGUCAUCACAUGGCGAGCCCCUCGCAGCAGCCGUCCACGAUGCCGAUGCCUUCGCCGACCGCGCCACCCGAACCACCGCCGCCUUACAACUACAGGGCUAACUAUCCGCACUGAAGAUUUCGAACGUCAGUUGGGCAUCGAGGCACAGGAGUCUACUUCGGAACCACAUAUCGCUCGCUAAGCACGCUACGCCCUAGACAACAAAGGAACUGCCUAUUGAGAUUGAUUGAUUGAUUGAUUGAUUGAUUGAUUGAUUGAUUGAUUGAUUGAUUGAUUGAUUGAACGAACUGCACUCUAAAAACAAAAAAAGAGCCCUUUGACUCGUAGUUUCGGGGUGCAGCGCUAAAAAACACACACAAUACAUAGUAGACACAACGGGAUAGUCGUGUCUACUAUGUGUCUCUGUCCACGUUUUUUUUUUUUUUUUUU